AUGCACCUCGACAAGCAGAUCCAGCAGGCUCUCCAGCGCAUCGCCGGCCUCAUCAAGACCGGGUCGAGGCCGUACCUCGUCGCGGACCACCUCGCGCUCUCUCGUAUGGGCCCCCUCAGUGUCCAGGUCCUCAAGGACAACAACGUCACCUACGUCGACAACCCUGCCACCCACUGGGUUCUUGACAGUUUCGUCCAGCGUGCCCAGAACGAGGGCUGGGAGCCCGAACGCGCAAAGCACGCCACAUCCGUCAUGAACGAGCUGCUCCAACUCAACCAGGGCGUCAAUGAAAACCUCACCAAAACCCAAGCCGCCAUCGGCGAGCGAAUUGAACAGCGCAAGGCAACGGGAGAGGAUCCGGCGGCUGCAGAGUGGGUCGAAAAGUUCCGCACCGCCUGGUCAAAGCGCCAACCCAUGACCAUCUCCGGAGACCUCGACUUUGAUGGAUACCCCGACUCGCCAGCGUCGCCGUCCCCACAGCGAUACUUGAACUCUUUCCUUUCGCUUAUUGACGCUCUGCCGAACGACGCCGAGAUUGUGCUCCUCAGUGGAUCGUCGGCUAUCAUCUCCAAUGUCGUCAAGUUUGAGGAGGAACAGGGACACAUCCACACCGUCGUCGUUGACGAGAAGGAGGUCUCGAGCAGUGCGUAG